AGGACGCUGGCAUCCAGGAACCGAAAGGCGACCAUCAAUUGAAAAGACGCACAGUCUAAUCCAUUCCUUUACUCUCAAUCAGCCCACAUAGGCUGCGGUGUGACUAUCGUGACCACGUUUCACUCAGUUCAGCUGAGCGAGAUCGAUUCCUCCCCUGCCCUUCUCUUUUUCUCCCCUCCUGUCUCUCUUUAUCCACUAUCCUAUCGCAAUCCUUUCACCGCAGGAUUCAGUUGCCGGCAUUUGAACCAGUGUCAAGUCUCUAACCGGAGCGUUUGCUAUUGCCUAGGUCGUCGAGCGUUACCAGCGUCGAGUCCUAUCUGUCUGUUCGAGCGUGAUAGCGCCAGUCGGUCACCACCUCUCCGUACCGGCAGCAAUUCACUGUGCAACGAAUCAUUCAACGUCCGCCUUAAAUUGAAUUGCCGUUCCAUUGACAUAUUCCGCGACGGAAAAACUGUGUGACCUUGGUGCGCCGUGCUGAGAGACAUAACUCUGUUCUCUGGUCUCUCCUUCUCGGGGAACCCGAGAAGCGAGUGGAACUAGUUUCCUUUGUUCUGGGAGAAAGAGACGGAACUGGGCGGCACCAGGGUUUUUCAAGAUGUUCCGUACAUGUUACAAUGGGUUUCGCCGGAUUAUUCCGCUAAUUGGGUAUCAUCAUGUCCUGAUGCUACUUAUUGCUCUUGCAAUUAUUCUGCUCUCUUUAUUACUAGCCGGAUGCUCAUCAUCGUCACCUGAUAUACCAAGCAUAUUUCUCAUAUCUAUGUAUUAUACGAAAUACAGUCCCGUUUUCAGCACAGCACAAGUCGACCCCGGCGUUGUCACAGCGACAGCGAACAUUGUGGGCGGAGCACAGAUGGAAGUCAGAGUGGGAUACUUUGGAAUCUGCAUCCAGCCCGACGGGGGCUCAUAUAUCUGCAACGCAAAUGCUACGGCAUUAGCAGAGACGGUCACAGUGGACCAAGAUCCUCUCAACUUGAUAUGGGUUGCAUCGACAUUCAAGGAUGCAGUUGUCUUCCCCUACCUACUGAUCAUAGCUGUCAUUUUGGCCUUCUUCUGUUUUAUCCUCCUCGCCACCUUCCCCGGCUGGCACGAAGAAGUGGAUGCUUCCGGUUCCGAGCGAGACGUCAAGCCAUUCCCUUCCCGACCCGUCUCUCAGGCUGCCUUGGCACUUAUUUUCAUCGCCGCUGUUUUCGUUCUUGUCUCCGUGCUAUGGCAACAUACCGCCUCGGUGGCUGCGAGCACAAUAGCAAAAGAUAUGGGCAACGGGAGCGUCAAAAGUGGCGUCGGGACCUCAGCCAUGGUGCUGGGAUGGUUCGGUUUCGCAUUGCUUGUUAUCGUCACCGUCGGUCUACUAGUGAUGAUCUUGAGCAUCAGACUGAUAAGACAGUUAACGGAUGAAGAAGAGUGAUAUGGGAAAUCAUGAAGUGAAUUGAUUGAUAAUGGCAAUACGUUGAUAACUACCUAGUGAUACCAUUUAGGACAGGGGUCCAUUGCGGUGUUUCUGUUUUUGUUUUCUCAUAUUCCCCUUUUUUCUUGUGUGUCCCCCUUUUUGUUAUUUCCCUUGGCUUUCUGCUGGGCAGGCACUUAUGUGACGAUUAAAAUAUACUUGGGACCGAAGGGUAAACUUGGAUGGAUGGAUGGAAAGGACAUGAGUUCAUGGGUCGGUAUGAUAGUAAUGUUGAUAUUGAUGUAUAUGACCUGGUUAUGAAUAAUUCGGAUGUUGUCUGGCUGUGGCUGUAUAGUAUAAUAUUUCAUUACUUCUGAGUACAAGUCGAGCUCACUUGAUGAAU